AUGACUGUCUUGUUUUGGUGGAGCCAUGGACGCCGCCUCUUGUCCGAAUGGCUGUCGGCGUUGAUGACGUUGUUUCAGAGGAGAAAGUCAGUGACUACUCGUCAACAUGGAUUCUUUGGCGGCGCCAAUGCUGAUCAUUGUUCGUUGAAAGACCUGAUGGAAACCAUACAGUUUCACCGACAAGACCAUUUUCGACUCUACAUUGACUGCGAUGACCUCGCAACUCUAAAAGACUGUCACUCUUUUCUGGAUCAAUGGAAACGAGCAUGGAAAGGAAACACUUAUAUCACUCGAGUCACAAUCACCAUCACUACUUCGACUCCAACGGCUGCUCCAACUCCAACUCAAAAUAACCCAUUGGACAUGAAGACCAGGCUCAAUCAAAUUUUGCUGCAAGUGGGCCACUUGCCCCACUUGAAAGAGAUUUGUCUCUCGGACAUUUGUGAGGACGAAGAUGUGUAUGUGUUUCCAAUUUGGAUCGUCACUCAGUGGUUGCAGCAAGCCAAACAAAUGGAAAAGAUCAAGUUUUACAUGGCACACUUGUCUCUGACGACUGUCACUCCAGACCAACAAGACUUGGUGGAACCACUCGCUCAGCAACUACAAAACCAUCCGUCUCUCUCUUGUUUGGAGUUUGAUCACUGCACAUACAGCACACACAAUCCACUACUAGUCAAUCAAGACAAACUCUACCAGGCCUUUGUCCAAAGUGCGAAACGCAAUUGGAACAUUCGUCGCAUUGCCAUUCAAUCCUCGUGCUGCAGGAGACACUCACUACAAGACUCUAUGGACUAUCACUGCAAAUUAAAUCGACAACGCAAGCAAUGGUUUCAGACUCUAUAUCAUCAACAUCGACAUCAACAUCAACAUGAACAUCAACCACUACAGAGGAUACUCGAACAACUGCCAACUAGUGAUCUCGACUCUCUAUACUACUAUUUGCUGAAGGUCAACCCUAUUUUUAUUCACUGCGGUAUUUGA